CCUCUUGCGUCCUUUUUGCCAACCAAAGGGUCUCUCUCUCUCUUCCCCCCUCCCCUUAACACAAACCCAUUAUUGAAAUCAACAUUCAACCAUUUUUUUUUUUUUUGAACUGAAUAUCAACAUUCAACCAUUGCACCAUCAAGAGAAUCACAUUCUGCCAUCUUGAAUCGCCGCGAUGAUCAUCACCACCUCAGGCUCGCCCUUUUGGGGCGAUUAAUGGUUCGACUGCUGAAAAAGAGACAAAGUCAACAUUGUAAAUCGCCGGUCAACGAGGAGGAGGCGAUGUUCGAAGGGAGACAGGCUCAUAGCCUGAUAUUAGACAGGGACGGAGGUGAAAAUGGGGAUGAGAGGAUGUUUAGGAGUCAAGGUUCGAAGAAUGCUUCGAAUCUUGAUGGUCAACAGAUCGGGUGGGCCCUUGAUCGGUCCAUGAGUAAGAUAGUUCCAAAGUCUCGGCUUAGUAAGGACGGUGGAAGUAGCUCAGGUCGUCAAGGACCUUCAGAUGUUGAGUUGAUAAAGGAGAGGUUUUCAAAGCUGCUUUUGGGUGAAGACAUGUCAGGUGGAGGGAAAGGGGUAUCAUCAGCAUUGGCUCUCUCCAAUGCCAUCACUAAUCUUGCUGCUUCUGUAUUCAGUGAACAAAAUAAAUUAGAGCCAAUGCCUGCUGAAAGAAAAGCUCGAUGGAGGCGAGAAAUCGACUGGCUCCUCUCAGUCACUGAUCAUAUCGUCGAAUUCGUUGCUUCACAACAAGUAUCAAAGGACGGAACCAGUAUGGAGAUAAUGGUGACUCAACAACGUAAAGAUCUCCUAAUGAACAUUCCAGCAUUGCGCAAGCUCGACGCCAUGCUUCUUGGGUAUCUGGACAACUUCAAAGAUCAGAAUGAGUUUUGGUAUGUAAAGAAGAAUACCGAUGACGCUGAAAAAGAUGGUGCACCCGGGAACGAUAAAUGGUGGCUUCCUCAAGUGAAAGUCCCUCCAGAAGGAUUAUCCGACGUCUCGAGAAAAUGGCUACAAUUCCAGAAAGAAUCGGUGAAUCAAGUCCUCAAGGCCGCGAUGGCGAUCAACGCCCAGGUUCUGAUGGAAAUGGAGAUUCCUGAAUCAUAUAUCGAAGGCCUACCAAAGAACGGGAGAGCGAGUCUUGGAGAUGCGAUAUAUCGGAGUAUAACAGUGGAUGUGUUUGAUCCUAUACAAUUUCUUCAGUCCGUGGAUUUAUCGACAGAACACAAAGUUGUUGAUCUCAAGAACCGGAUCGAGGCAAGCAUAGUAAUCUGGAAGAGAAAGAUGCACAACAAGGAUGGAAAAUCUUGGGGUUCAGCUGUAAGCCUCGAGAAAAGAGAGCAGUUUGAAGAGAGAGCAGAGACCAUCUUGCAUCUCAUCAAGCAUAGAUUCCCUGGAAUCUCUCAAUCGACCCUCGAUAUCAGCAAGAUCCAAUUCAAUAGGGAUGUAGGCCAAGCCGUUCUUGAGAGCUACUCGAGGGUAAUAGAAACGUUGGCUCACGCUGUGAUGACGAAAAUUGAGGACGUCCUUGACGCCGAUGCCCAGGCUGUGGGCCCCACGCAGGACAGAAAGCAGACGCUUGACGAACCGAUAAAGAAGCUGGACCCAAAAGAAGAGCUUGAGAAGCUAAACAACAUGGAGGCGAGCUCGAUGACGCUGUCCGAUUUCAUGGGGUGGCAUUUGGAUCAAGACGCGGACGCGGAGAAAAAAGAAACAGGUAGCGCAGAUGACGGAAACUUGAAGAAGGCUCCUGCUAAAGUUGUGACUAACAAGAAAUUUUCUUAUAUAGAGAAAUUGGAGAACUUGGGAGGAUUGAGAAGUCCAACGGCUCGCCAUUGACAUUUUGGGUCGGUUAAAGCAGCUGGAAUCAAGAUUAUGAAGAUCCAUCUUGUCAGAACAACACAUACAACAGGGCGGGUGAUCGACACCAUUCAAGGGUGAAUAGAGGAGGGUCACAGUUUGGGAUGCAUACCCUACCUCGCUUCCCUAUGUAUAUAUAUAUAGGAUGGUUCUGAUAGGAUUUGUUUUCAAAGAAUAGGGAAGUGAAAAAGGGGGCAGACACAACUUGCCUUCAACUGUAUAUAAAGAGUUCAAGAGGCACAAUAGAGCCUUCUUGGUUGCUCGAAGAUGCUAGAGCACC